AUGGAGAGGUUAACGCUUAGCCGGCGAUCAACGCUGGACGAUCGAGUUGGAUGUCUUCCAGCGGGCGACGGUUUACCAGUAUGGUCAAAGAUUCCAUUAGAUGCAAAACUGCCGAUGAUGCAAAACCCCAAGGGUGCUGUUACUAUAUUCACAACGAAACUCGGAGAACCGAAACAUCGCAGUAAACAAGAGUAUACUUUUGAUUUGCGCGAUCCAUGUGGGAAAUACAUAUCCAACGAGUACCAGCCACUGCACGACCCCCAUCUGAAGUCACACUUCAGCACAAACGUCAUGCGGCGUCACCUAUUCAGGAAGGGGUUUAUUUCCGAAGAUGGAAACGUUUUGUGUUCCUUGAGAGAGUUUAACCAGUACAGAAAAUACUUGAGACACAUUUUCCUUCUUGAAAUAGCCAAAGAAAGACAAGAGGAGAAGGAGAAUCGCCUAAAAGAAAAAAAUGCCCGACAAGAGGCAGAUGUUGAACGAGAGCCGUCCAAGGGCACGCUGGUCCGCAGGCGCUUGCAACAGCAGAGGGAACGGGGCCACUCAAAACUACAGGCCACCAUGAGCUCGAACACUGAUCGGUUAGAGAACCGGCUGCGGCACAUUCGGCAGGAGAUGGCGGCCCGGGAGCGAAGGCAGCGUGAGGAAGCGGAGCGCCGACAGAUGACUGUCCUCAAAAACCUACGGGAGAACCACCGGCGGGGGGAGAUGCUGAAAAGGCGAUGGCACCAGAGGGACCGCAUGAGGAGGCAGCUCAUCGCUGAUCGGGACACACAGCGCCGCCUUCAGACCGAACUCAAGUGCAUGUCAACAUGGAAUGCGCGCAAGGCGGCCCAGAGCGCGAUGAUAUCACGCGACCAGCGGAUUCUCGAGCAAGACGAUGCUGCACGUGCCGACAACAUUGCCAAGCGUGAUCAACUGACCAGCAGACAGCGCGAUCUGAUGGGAAGAAAAAUCGAGAAAUACAAGCAAACGGCACGCGAGCAGAAGCUGAAAAAGGAGCAGCUGUAUUUCAAGCGUCUGGAUGAGAAGAUCGCCGCCAUUGAACAACAGACAAAACGUAAAGGUCGGCGACACCCAAAGAAUAGUUUACUGAGCACGUGGAAGUUGGAGGACGUUCUCAAGUCGCUAGACGUCCCCGGUAUCAGCCAGGAUGAGCGGGACCCGUCGUUCAUGGCAAUGCUAAACGCAGCAAUAGACGGGGCUGUGGACACCGUCACCGGGCCCUCCCUUACGGUCACUAUUGGGGCAAAAGCGAGUGAGCUCGUCCAGGAGGUUAUCUCUAAGGUUAAAAAUGACAUCUACCCGCAGUACUUAAAUAUUCUUGGAGAGGAUGACGUUUCGGAGUCAGUGGAUAACGAAGCUACGAAAAGCAAGUCAGUGAGGUUUAGUAACGAGGAGGCGGAGAUCACACCCGGACCGCCCGCCGAGUCCGUUCCCGCUAACAGCGCCAGUAGCGAGUCGGAGGCGCCUCAUUUCAAGCCGGUGGCCGAGCACGUGCUCACCCCGUGCCCCUCCGCUAUGGAGAUGGAGGCAAUCAUGGGAUCCCCGACAGCCGCCGACAAGACGAUAUCCCUCUCGUUCGUGGAGACGCUGCUGCUUCGCCUGCUCGAUGACCUGAACAGCGGUCAACUGAGCAAGGACGACAUCAUGAAGCUGGCCACCUAUUCCAUGGACAUAAUAUCAUCUGAGAUUGAACCAUGCGCCAUAACGCAUAAUCCUGAUGCUCCUGAGGAGUCUGAGUCAGCAGCUAGUGCGCUCGUUACCGAAAGCUCCUCUUCAGUGGUCGCUGCAAAGAUGGUAGAUUUCACAUUGAGCAAGAUACUGAACAACAUACAAUCGGAUGCUAUCCAUCCCGAGGACCUGGCAUCGUUAACAGUGACGUUUAUAGACAACGUCACGGGAGCUGAUAAGGACACAGAUAGUUCAAGCGAAGCUGAAUUAGAUGAAUACAUUGAAAAAACCAUACGCACGGCGACGUCAUCAGCAACAAAUCCCCGCGAGGAUUCUCCUGUCUGUGACGCCUUGCUCGACGACUUCAUGGUUCGGACGCUCGAGCGGCUCAUUACAGACUUGGACAAUGAAAAUCUCACCACAGAACAGGUCCGGCAGCUGGCAGUUUCGGUUCAACAAGAGUCCAAGUCAACUGUCCGGCCAGGUUGUGAGGACGAGAUUCCUGCUGAAAAAGAGAAUAUCCAAGUUGUGCUUCAAAAUAUACUCGGCCAGCUCCAUUCCGGUUCUAUUGACUUUCAGACUUUGUAUCAAACAGUAUUUGCAAUUGUUUACACAUAUAAGCAAAUAAAAGAAACCACAUCGACCGACUAUGAACAGCGAAUAACAGAUCUUCUAAAGGACCUAAUGACAGCUGUCGAAUCAAAAGUGAUCUCUGGAAAAAUCGUCGACGUAAACAUCAACAUCGUUCGAGAAGCUAGUAAUAGACUGAGCAAGUCGGCACUCGAAAUCAGUCAGAUUGAUCAAAUCACCCCUAGUAUCGCCGUAGUUGCCGACAUACAGAACAUCGACCGGGAUUGUUCGUCGGAGGCUGCACGUUUCGCCUUGGAAAGUGCCCUCUCGCAGGCCAGAGAGAAGCUUGACGCGGACAUGCCUGAUGCUGACAUUCAGCAGAGUGUCCAGAGCGUUGCCGAGGCAGUCAUCACCGUCCUGCCGGAAAGGGACUCCCCGAAUAUAGUGGCCAUAUUUUUCGAGUUGAUGCAGGCCCUGAAGUCACACGCCCAGGAGCACAGAGGCAUUGCUGACAUCUCGUUGGAAGACAUCAAUGCCCUAACUGACCAAAUCGCCAGUAAUGCGCUGACCGAUACAAACAUUAUGGAUAUGGCUCACGCUGUGGUAGAUUCUGUUAAUACCCCAGUCAAGUCUGAUUCUUCCUUCAUUGCGAAUGAAGCUGUGAAGAGCUCACUUAAAGAUGUUUUGAAACGUCUUACAGAAGGAGCUAUCGAGGCGAAAAUAAUCGCCGACAUUGUGGCCUCUCUCCAGUCAUGCUGCGCCGCUGCGGAUUCGCAGAUGGUGAACUCGCCGACGUUCCUAAGUUCACUGGCGGUAUUGCUCCGCACAAUUCUAGACAGCCUCACCUACAGGUUACAGACGGGCGAACUGAGCGAGGAAGACAUCGGGGAAAUAUCGGCCACAGUACAGAAUACCGUUUUGGCAAACUCCAAGGGAACAAGCGCUCAAAAAGGUGGACAGGGAGGUACGACCAUGCCAGCUAAUCCCCCAAACACUCACGCGACCACGAGUGGUGACAAGCAGAACACAUCAAUCCCACCUCUUGAAACGGUUCUGCUUUUGGAGCACAUCCACCAGCUUGUGAAAACAGUAGAAAAUGGAGAUAUCGCCGAGAAUCAUGCGCGAGAGCUUGGAAUGAAAAUGAUAGAGUGUGGCAAAAAGCUUUUGAAUGAAUCUGGGAUUGGAACUCCUUGCACCGACACUAGUUUGUUCGCAGAUAGUCUCGUUGAAGAAGUGAUUCGCACGCUUCAAAUCGAGAUCGAGAGCGGACGGAUACCCAGCGAGUCACUGAAGGAAGUCACAAAAGCGAUUAUUUCCACAUCGACGUCGACGGCAGCCCUGGAGGCUGUUGAUACAGCCCUUCGGAGCAUUUAUCGCGAUGUUGAAAUCAUUGGCUGCCUGCCGUCACAGAUAGACUCUCUUCCAGCGCUCCCUUCUGCCUCCGCCUCCACGAUCGCUUCCUAUGUGGUCGCUCAUACCAUCGAAUCUAUUUGCAAGGAAAUCACUGCGCACGGUGUCCCGGCUCAUAUGCUAUCAUCGAUGGCUUCUUCAAUCGUUACAAUGCUUUCUGGAAAUGAAGAACUACACUUGCCUGCAGACUUUCAGAAUUACAGGCCAAUCAUACAAGACAUUGUCAAAAGUCUUCGAAAUGACAAACUGAGAGAACCUUGUGCAAAAGAGAUAUUUUCUCUAAUACUAACAAACUACAAGACUUAUGUUUUACGACCAGUUGACGACGAGGAGUUAUUAUUGGAGCGUCUCCCAGAUGAUGACCUUCAGCUUGUGAACGACCUGGUGGCAGAGACCCUUAAUAACGUUGGCAGGAGUGUAGACAAGGGCCGCAUGGCCAACAAGGCCUUCUCCAUCCCGUCCCUCGCACACUCGGACGACUCCUCUGUUAUCGCCGAGCGCCUUAUUGAUGUCUGUAUUGAGAAUAUCCAGCAGGAUCUGGCGGCCGAGGAGCGCCGGCUCUCCAUGCCGAGUAAGGACUUGGUUGAGUUUAUCCUGGAAAUCGUCACAACACUUGAGAUGGAACUUGCUCAAGGUUCUGUUUCAAACAUUUCAAUGGCUCAUUUUUAUAAGGCGAUUUCCGGCGAUCAGUCUGAUAUUAAAGCAUUGGAACAAAACGCAAUGGGGAACUUGAGUCGAGUAAUCAACGACAUCAGUACUUCCCGCGGCCAGUCAGUUUAUGUUCAUAGAAUACUCGACACUUACUUGCUACCAAACCAUGCAACUGAUGGAGUGUUCGAGGAUCCACUAAAGGCAAUCGAUUCCAUUUUAAUGAAUGUUAGCUCAGAUAUUCUAACUAAGUUUGUGAAAGCGACUUUGCAGACGAUCUUGGUGGAAAUCCGUAGUGACGACACACUGCUGCACGACCGGCCCCCCUCUGUGUAUGUGUUACGGUCGGCGUCCUCUGUCAUCGCAGAAAACGUGAUUAAGGAAGUCAUCAGCCGCAUCAAGAACGACAUGUCGAAGUCCGUCUACAAGAUCCACGGCACGGUUAGCAAGCGGGACAUCGAGCGUGCGGCAAGCCGACUGCUGAGUGAGUCUCCAAAGAUACCCACACAUAAAGACAACCUCGAGGUUACAGAUCAACACAGUAUGAAUUCUGUCAACUUAAAGGAACUCGAAGACCUUGUGCUUGAAUCGCUACAUAACAUAGUAUCCAACCUACGAUUGGAGCAAUCAAUGCAUCCUCACAAACCUGCAGAUGCUCACGACGUUUUUGACGUUUCACAAGAGAUCGGCGACUUUGUCUUUGACACGCUGCAGGAAAUUGUUCUCGAUCAGCAGGAUCGUCGUUCACAACUUGAUCUCGGUGUAACAAAAACAGGCAGCAAAUACACGGGGUCUUCAAUCGAGCUAGUGUCCGGGGAGAGCAAGGUUGCAGCAACCUACGUGAACGAGGUACUGCACCAUGUACUGGAGGAGAUGCGCCAGGAGCUGGUAGUGGGUCAGUCUAACGUGUCCGACUCCGAACAGUCCGCGGACCACGUCUCCUCCAACCUUCAGGUGACCAUCAUCGACAGCAUCCAGCGGGCCCUCUCCAACUCAAACAUAAGCAAGCUACACACAGAGGCUCUUCAACCAUACCAGCAGGAAGAUGUGAGAAACAUCCUCAUCAACAGCAUGAACAAGACAAUUGAGAAUAUCAGUUCAGGGAAAUUCUCGUCAACCGAUCUCAUUGAAAUGCACACAUCUUGUGUCAGAGCUUUACAAGACCAGCAAGUAGCAGGUAUGGAUUCUGUUACGGCUGAAAAUGUUGCCAACUUGAUGCAGCAGGUUUUGAUCAAGAUAAAAGGAAUGCAGUUGACGAAUGAUACCGUUUAUGAACUUUCCAUGCAGUUAGCUACUCUCGGAAUGGACGACCAAGACCGACAGGAACCGGAAGCUGUCCACAGCAACUCCUCUGUUGCUUCAUCUAAAAUCAACGAUCUUAUAACUAACGCGCUAGGUCAGAUUGCAGCACAGCUGGAAAAACUUCCUCACUUUGGCAACUCGGAAAGAAAAGCAGACGAACAGGGAUCAGGAAUUUCCAAAACUGACAAGAACUACAACAGAAAGAAAUCUGCGACCAAUUCUGACGCAAACAGCGUUGCUACAGAAAGUACUACUAGCUCAGUGAGUAUAGGUCAAUCUUGCCCUACAAGAAUUUCGUUGGAUAUCGAAACAGAAAGCAAUCCAAAAAAGAGUUCAAACAAGACAAUCGUUUUCUCUGAGAAAAAAAUGGUAAAACGACCUUCAGAAACAAGACCAUUACACUCGAAUGUCAGAAACUCAGAUAUUGAUAGAACCAAGAAGUCGAAAAACGUUUCCACAGUUUCGCCAGCAAAGGUUCACGGUUCUUCCGCAGCUCCGAGGCACCCGGCUAUUGCCUGCUACAUCAACACAAAGGUAUCACGAACACCAAAGCCCGAAAAUAUAUCUUCAGAGACGAGAUAUUUGGUGAAGAAAACCGCUUCACAUGUGAGACCUAACAUUGCAAAAACAACUACGACGCCCAAGAGAAACUUCAAACCAAAGAAAAAUAGCAAUACAACGAAGGACUUUGCAGUGCCGGAAGUGCGGAAUGUGGACGGAAAAAGUGGCUACGAUGCGAAAGUGAACCUUGCUGGACCGCUUGAGUUGCGGUCACUGUGUGGCUCCCACAGAGCGGAGGUGUAUUACCGGAAGGAGGUAGAGCCGCACGCUCCUCCCCUCCAGCACCACGUGGAGCAAUGGUAG